AUGGCCUCGGCAAUGCGCCUUAGCUCCUCUGCCCUGAGAUCUUCUCUCAGGGCUCCUGGCUUCGCCGCUCGCAACACUGCCUUCAGCGCCGCCCGCUGCUACUCCGCAAAGACCCAGACCCUCAAGGAGCGCUUCGCCGAGCUCCUCCCCGAAAAGAUCGAGGAGAUCAAGGCCCUCCGAAAGGAGCACGGUUCCAAGAUCGUCGACAAGGUCACCCUCGACCAGGUCUAUGGCGGUGCCCGUGGCAUCAAGGCCCUCGUCUGGGAGGGUUCCGUCCUCGACUCCGAGGAGGGUAUCCGCUUCCGUGGCAAGACCAUUCCCGAGUGCCAGGAGCUUCUCCCCAAGGCCCCCGGCGGCAAGGAGCCCCUUCCCGAGGGUCUCUUCUGGCUUCUCCUGACUGGCGAGGUCCCCACCGAGCAGCAGGUCCGCGCCCUGUCCGCCGAGUGGGCUGCCCGCUCCGACAUCCCCAAGUUCGUCGAGGAGCUGAUUGACCGCUGCCCCAACGACCUGCACCCCAUGGCCCAGUUCUCUCUGGCCGUCACUGCUCUCGAGCACGAGUCUUCCUUCGCCAAGGCCUACGCCAAGGGCAUCAACAAGAAGGAGUACUGGGGCUACACCUUUGAGGACUCGAUGGACCUGAUCGCCAAGCUGCCCAACAUUGCCUCGCGCAUCUACCAGAACGUCUUCAAGGGCGGCAAGGUCGCCGCCAUCCAGAAGGACAAGGACUACUCGUUCAACUUCGCCAACCAGCUCGGUUUCGGUGACAACGCCGACUUCAUCGAGCUGAUGCGUCUCUACCUGACCAUCCACACCGACCACGAGGGUGGCAACGUCAGCGCCCACACCACUCACCUUGUCGGCAGCGCCCUGAGCUCGCCCUUCCUGUCGCUGGCCGCUGGCCUGAACGGUCUGGCCGGUCCCCUGCACGGCCUGGCCAACCAGGAGGUCCUGAACUGGCUCACCGAGAUGAAGAAGUCGAUCGGUGACGACCUGAGCGACGAGAGCAUCAAGAACUACCUCUGGUCCACCCUCAACGCCGGCCGUGUCGUUCCCGGCUACGGCCACGCCGUUCUCCGCAAGACCGACCCCCGCUACAUGGCCCAGCGCAAGUUCGCCGAGGAGAAAAUGCCCGAGGACCCCAUGUUCAAGCUGGUUAGCCAGGUCUACAAGAUCGCUCCUGGCGUUCUGACCGAGCACGGCAAGACCAAGAACCCCUAUCCCAACGUCGAUGCCCACUCCGGUGUUCUCCUGCAGUACUACGGCCUGACCGAGGCCAGCUACUACACCGUUCUCUUCGGUGUCUCGCGCGCCAUUGGUGUCCUUCCCCAGCUCAUCAUUGACCGCGCCGUCGGUGCCCCCAUCGAGAGGCCCAAGUCCUUCUCCACCGAGAAGUGGAUCGAGAUCUGCAAGAAGCUGUAA